AUAUAAUAUUAUAUACGAUAUUUAAUCACCGUUUGCUUGGACAAGCCAUAUUGACAUCGUAUAUACGUAAAACACACUGACAUUAACAUAACGUAAACCUCACUGUUUAGAAGAAAUAUCAGGCUAGUUAACGAAUUUCAUUACAGCCAUUCUAAUUUCUAAUUUCUAUUUAGAAAUUAAUUUCAUUAGAGCCCCUCUAUUUCUAAUUUCUAAUCUCAUUAGAGCCAUCUCAAAAUCUCAGUUCCGUGACCACGAUCUUUACUCUGUACGCUUACAUAGAAACAGGCGGGGGGGGGGUACAGUGUUGAACGAGGAAAAGUAACCCACCCGUACACGCAAAUCCGGACUGGAUUGCCUUCCUUCCUUCCUUGGUCUCAGGAUCACAAGAAGAUUAACUAGAAAAGGAACUCGGAAUCGAGAGGUGGUGCGUAUGUAAAAUUAACUUCUAAAAGGAACUCGGAACCUAGAGGUUGUGUAUAUGUUUGCACUAGUCUGAGGAACGGCAGCCCGCUAAGCGCCUGCGCGGAGAUCCACACGCGCGACCUAUCAUUAAGUGGAGAGUUUGCCGUUUGAGCACGUUUGGCGUGUGGUGAAAAUUUCCGGCUUGGGCCUGUUUCGGCUCCAAGCCUUGUGGCGCCAGGGUCCGUUGUGUGUGAUGGGCCGCAGGCAACGCCGGAGGCAGCAGCAGAGCCGUGAGGGAGGAUCCCAGGGCUGGCCCGAGAGUGGGUAUCCGGACAUCGUGAAGGAGAAUGCGUCAUUCGAGCACUACUAUGGGAAACUUGGCAUUGUGCCUCAGGAGGAGUGGGAGAGCUUCUUGGCGACUCUGCGGGAGCCUCUGCCAGCCACCCUGCGGAUCACAGGCUAUAAGAGCCACGCCAAAGAAAUUCUCCAUUGUUUAAAGGAGAAGUAUUUUAAGGAGAUAGAGAAUCUGGUGGUAGAUGGUCAGAAAAUUGAAAUGCCACAACCAUUAAGCUGGUAUCCAGAGGAGUUGGCAUGGCAUACAAAUCUAAACCGAAAAGUCUUGCGGAAAUCUCCACAGCUAGAAAAAUUUCAUCACUUUCUUGUUAGUGAAACUGAAUGUGGGAAUAUUAGCCGUCAGGAAGCUGUCAGUAUGAUCCCUCCAUUGCUUCUUAAUAUUCAGCCUCAUCAUAAGAUUCUAGAUAUGUGUGCUGCACCUGGGUCCAAGACCGCCCAGCUUAUUGAGAUGCUGCAUGCAGACAUGAGUGUUCCUUUUCCAGAGGGAUUUGUAAUUGCAAAUGAUGUUGAUAACAAACGUUGCUAUCUGCUAGUUCAUCAGGCAAAGCGGUUGAACAGUCCUUGCAUCAUGGUUAUAAAUCAUGAUGCCUCAAGUAUCCCUAAUAUACAGAUUAGUACAAAUGGGAAAAAAGAGAUCCUCUUCUAUGACAGAAUAUUAUGUGAUGUUCCUUGCAGUGGAGAUGGAACGCUGAGAAAAAACAUUGAUAUAUGGAAAAAGUGGACUACACAUAACAGUUUGCAGCUACAUGGACUACAACUAAGGAUUGCAACUCGUGGAGUUGAGCAGCUGGCAGAAGGAGGUAGAAUGGUGUACUCUACCUGUUCAUUGAAUCCUAUUGAAAAUGAAGCUGUCAUUGGCUCUCUGCUGGAAAAAAGUGAAGGUGCCUUAGAACUUGCUGAUGUCUCUUCUGAGUUGCCAGGUUUGAAAAGAUUGCCAGGCAUUACACAAUGGAAGGUAAUGACCAAAGAUGGUCAUUGGUUUGAAGACUGGAAAGAAGUACCUUCUAGCAGGCACACACAGAUCCGCCCCACAAUGUUCCCUUUAAAAGAUGAACAAAAACUUAAAGCAUUACAUUUGGAACGCUGUUUUAGAAUUUUACCACAUCAUCAGAAUACUGGAGGUUUCUUCAUUGCUGUAUUAAUUAAAAAAUCUCCUAUGCCAUGGAACAAGCGUCAACCUAAGGUUCAGAAUAAGCUGCCUCAAAAGUCUGGAGAUUUAAUACCUGUAGAUGCAAAACAAGAUUCUUCAGAAAGUGAAGGCCAUAUAGUCCAAGAUGCAAAAGAUGGAGAGACCUCAGUAACCGAGAGUGUGGAGAACAAGAAGGAUGGUGUUUGUGGACCUCCACCAUCUAAAAAAAUGAAGCUUUUUGGAUAUAAAGAAGAUCCGUUUGUUUUUCUUCCUGAAGAAGAGCCUUUGUUUCCUCCUAUUCAGAGCUUUUAUGCACUGGAUCCUUCAUUCCCUAAGAUGAAUUUGUUAACGCGUACUCAAGAAGGAAAGAAAAGGCAGGUGUAUAUGGUUUCCAAGGAGAUACGGGAUGUACUGUUAAACAACAGUGAAAAGCUAAAGGUUUGAUUUGUACUUCUGUGUUCAGUAAGAAUGCUUAUUCAGAAUGCUGUUAAGAGGAGUUGAGAAUCUUCUCUUGAAAAUUGUUGUCUUUUGUUAUGAUUUUCAUUUGAUUCAAAAGGUGCACUUCUACUUAUCAAUUUUAGCGCAGUUGUGAGAUAACAGAAAAGCUUAUCUUAAUCAAUCCAUCAAUUUUA